UCGAUGCUUACAAAAGGUGUAGUUCUCAUAAACUCAUCUACAUAGAACUGUAUACAUGAAUUCAACUCUAUUAUAAACCUGUGAGAAAACCAAGCAGUUAACAAAUCAAAAGAAAUGACGUUGCAACCAAUUGUCUCCAUUAGUGUUGAAUGAAAAACAAAAGGCUAAUGACAAAUUAAGAAGGGUAUGGUUUGAGAGUCUCCUAUAUUUCUGUUCUUUCUUUCCUGCAUAGGGAGAGGUUCCAUAUUGAACAACCAUGGCAUCGGUUUAUCUCCUUCAUUGUCUGAUUGUCACCCUAAUUUUUAGUCUGUAUCCUCAAGCUCCUUCGCUUGCUGUAUCGCCCACAACUUCUGUCAUAGUUCCUUUCCAAUGCUCUGCGACAAUCGCUACAUGUAAUGCCUCACUAUACCACAUCAACAGAGGUUUUCCGAAAGAAGAAAUUGCAUCUUAUUACUCUGUCAAUCCAUCUCAACUCAAACCAAUAAAGUAUAGCAACAGAGAAGAUUAUCUCAUAAGUGUACCUUGUUCUUGCAAAAACAUAUCUGGCACUACUGGUUAUUUCUAUGAUGCAAUCUACCAAGUGAAAUUGUCAGACACUUUUUAUGAUGUUUCCGAUAAAGUCUACAGUGGACAAGCUUUAUCUGUCAUAGAAGAACAGAAGAACUUUGUUAUAGGAGCUGAUUUUCCCAUUCAUCUUCCUUGUGGGUGUGUAGAUACUGAUUCUCAGAUUGUGGUAACAUACACAGUUCAAGAGAAAGAUACACUGACAGAUAUUGACAAUCUGCUGUCUGCCAAGAUAGAAAAUAUAGAAACUAUGAACAAGAAACUGCUUGUGAACCCGUCAUUCAUUGUUCUUGGUUGGGUGCUGUUUGUGCCCUCGGAAAAGAAUGGACUAAAAAAGCCAGGAAACAGACACAAGUGGGAAAUUGUGGUUGGCAUACUAUCAGGUGUGACAUUGCUUUCACUAAGCAUAUUUGUCCUCCUACUGUUUAGGAGAAAAGCUGCUGCCAAAGAAAAUAUUGAAGAUCCAAAAGUUGUUUCCAAAACUCUGUCAGCCAAUAAAUCUUUUUCAUUGCGUAAUCAGUUACUUCAUCAGCAAUACAUGGAAGAUGCGGCAGUUUUUGAGUCAGAUGGACCGGUAGUAUUUCCUCUUGAGGAGAUUGAAGAGGCUACUAGUUAUUUCGAUGAACAUAAGAUCAUUGGAGAGGGUGGAUAUGGUAAAGUAUACUUCGGAGUACUAGGGGAAAAGGAGGUCGCCAUAAAGAAAAUGAGAUCUAAUAAGUGCAAAGAAUUCUUUGCAGAGCUGAAGGUCUUAUGCAAGAUCCAUCACAUUAAUGUGGUGGAGCUUUUGGGGUAUGCCAGUGGAGAAGACCACCUCUACCUGGUGUAUGAGUAUGUUCAGAAUGGAUCACUGAGUGAACAUCUUCAUGAUCCAUUGCUUAAAGGUCAUCGGCCUCUCUCCUGGACUGCAAGAACACAAAUUGCACUGGAUACUGCAAAAGGUAUUGAAUACAUUCAUGACCACACAAAAGCCCGAUAUGUGCACCGUGAUAUAAAGUCAAGUAACAUACUACUUGAUGAGGGUCUCAGAGCAAAGGUAGCAGAUUUUGGUUUGGCAAAGCUUGUUGGAAGAACCAAUGAAGAGGAUAUUAUAGCCACACGACUGGUUGGAACACCGGGAUAUCUCCCCCCAGAAUCAGUGCAGGAGCUCCAGGUGACUCACAAGACUGAUGUAUUUGCAUUUGGAGUGGUAGUUGCAGAACUGAUUACAGGGCAGCGUGCGCUGUUCCGUGACAACUGGGAGCCUGCAAAACUGAAAUCUUUGAUCACAGUUAUAAAGAAGGUGUUCCAAGAUGGUGACCCAGUAUCAGCUUUGGAAGCUGUCAUAGACCCUAAUCUCCAGGACAGCUAUCCCAUACAAGAGAUAUACAAGAUGGCAGAAAUAUCAGAGUGGUGUUUGAGUGAAGAAGCGGUGGGGAGGCCAGAGAUGAGAGAGAUUGUAGUGCUCCUCUCUCAAAUUGCGACGGCUUCAAUUGAAUGGGAAGCUCAGCUUGGCGGUAACAGUCAGGUUUUCAGUGGCCUAUUUAAUGGAAGAUGAUGAUCAAAAGGACCUAAUACUUUACACAGCAUGUUCGCAUGCUCAAUGAUCACUGCAGUUUCGCAACUUCUGGAAUUUUGGUCACAUCUGUAUUUCGUAGUACAUAGAAACUCCUA